UAUUUUAUGAAUGAUGAUGUGGGAUUAUACGUAUAAGCACUUGAUAUAUUGCUGGAUGAUUCUGCUCCUUGAGUGCAAGGUUAGUUCAGGCUUUUUCCAGGUUCUUGGUCCAGACUAUCCUCUUUCUGCUGUGAUUGGGGAGGACCUGGUUCUCCCCUGCUCCCUAAAGCCCAGUAUGAGUGCUGAGGAGGACACAACUGUGGAGUGGUUCAGGCUGAACCGUCAUAAACAGGGCUCUUUGGUGCACCUUUAUAAAGAAGGCAGGGUGCAAAAUGACAAGCAGAUCCAGGCCUACAAAGGUAGAACCUCUCUGUUUGAAGACAAGCUAAAGACAGGAAACACCUCAUUGAAACUCAGCAGCGUCCAGGUGUCAGAUGAUGGAGACUACAAAUGCUUCAUACAGAUCGGAUCACACUAUGACGAUGUCUUUGUUCAUGUUUUUGUAAGAGGUAUUGGACAAGCCCCCCUGAUCACUCCAGAGGGCAUCAGAAAGGAUGGCGGCUUCACUCUUGUGUGUGAGUCUGAAGGUUGGUGGCCUGAGCCGGUUCUGGAAUGGCUGGACCGCAAGGGACGACUAUUAACUGCAGAACCACCUGAGACAGUCCUGGGUCCAAAUGGCGUCAGAGUGAAACGACGGCUAGUUGCUUAUAAUGGGAAUCAAUAUGUGUGCAGACUCACACAACAAGAUGCAAGAGUUGCUUUUGAGAAACUUGUUGUGAUGGAGGCCACAUUUCAUAUUUCAGAUGGUGUUUUUACUCAGCCAUGGAAAAUCCCUUUUAUUGCAUCUUUAUCUUUUCUACUUUCUUGCUUUGUUUUGGGGCCGACAACUUACUACACGAGAAAGUCAUGGAGGAAGAAGAGCAGAAAAGCCCUGAGGGACAAACCAGCUGAACCAGCUGAAAUGGAGACAAGGAAUCCAGCAGACAUGGAAUGUGGAGAAGGCCCCAGGGCUAUAACAGCUGAAAAGGAUACAAAGUGCCGAGAAACCCUGGAACAGGGAGAAGGCUCCAGGGCCACACCAUCUGAAAAGGACACAACGUGCCAAGUAGCCAUGGAACAAGGAGAAGUUUCAGGUCUGGGGGACAGACCAGCUGAAAAGGAUACAAAGUGCCAAGCAGACGUGGAAUUUGACCAGGGGGACAAACCAACUGAGGAGGAUACAAAGAGCCAACCAGCCAUGGAAUGUGGAAAAGACCAGGGGGACAAACCAGCUGAGGAGGAUACAAAGAGCCAACCAGCCAUGGAAUGUGGAAAAGGGAGAAGGGAGAUAACAGGGGAAGGAACGACGGGCAGAGAAGAGAGGAGUUUUGCUGCAUCUGUUCGCAGUCAUCUGUCAAAUUCACUCAAUUCAGUGGUAUCCUGGUGUCAAGGAAAUCUACAAUCUUGAAUGCUUGUUUUUGAGUACUGUGUUUGUGACUCUCUUCCUAUACAUAUUCCUGUAUUCAUGCCAUGUGUAAAAAGGCAAAUGUUUUGUUGUUGUCUUCUCUUUGGAGAGAAGAGAGCAAGAGACAGAUAGACAGAGAGAGAUAGAAAGAGAGAGAGAGAGAGAGAGAAGAGAGGGCUGCAAGCGAACGCUGAGACACUGCCACUUCCACUGGCGCUGCUGCUUCCACCACCUCCUCCUCUCCCAUGCUAAUGCCACACUCAUUGUCAGGCACAGCGACAUGCUUGGAAAGUUCAAGUACAGAAGAUAACUUGUGGCAAUCUCAUGAGAGAUUGCAACUGUGUGGAUGGUAAUGCAGUCUCUUUUUAAUAACGUCUGUGGUGUAGUGCUUUAUAUAACAAGGAAACUGUUCAGACAAGAAACUUACAUUUGGGUCUCUACAUUAAAAAUGCCAAAUAAACCCUCAAAACCAAUAAAGUCCCAAUUCUAAGGGCAUGCAUAUAUGACCCAUCAUAUAUUUUUGCUUCUUUUGCGGGUGCAUCUGUUCGCAGUCAUCUGUCAAAUUCACUCAGUUCAGUGGUAUCCUGGUGUCAAGGAAAUCUACAAUCUUGAAUGCUUGUUUUUGGUUGGUUUUUUGUUGUUGGUUUUUUUGUACACAGAUGAUAACUGCUAAUUGUUCUGUUUGCACAAAUUGUAUAUCGUAUUAUAUGUGUCUAUACUGUACUGUGUUUGUGACUCUCUUCCUAUACAGUACAGUAUAUGCCUUUAUUCAUGCCUUGUGCUAAAAGGCAAAUGUUGUGUUGUUGUCUUCUCUUUUUAAUAACAUCUGUGGUGUAGUGCUUAUCUUUAUAUAACAAGGAAACUGUUCAGACAAGAAACUUACAUUUGGGUCUCUACAUUAAAAAUGCCAAAUAAACCCUCAAAACCAAUAAAGUCCCAAUUCUAAGGGCGGGCAUAUAUGACCCAUCAUAUAUUUUUGCUUCUUUUGCGGCUGCAUCUGUUCGCAGUCAUCUGUCAAAUCCACUCAGUUCAGUGGUAUCCUGGUGUCAAGGAAAUCUACAAUCUUGAAUGCUUGUUUUUGGUUGUUUUUUUGUUGUUUUUUUUUGUACACAGAUGAUAACUGCAAAUUGUUCUGUUUGCACAAAUUGUAUAUCGUAUUAUAUGUGUCUAUACUGUACUGUGUUUGUGACUCUCUUCCUAUACAGUACAGUAUAUGCCUUUAUUCAUGCCUUGUGCUAAAAGGCAAAUGUUGUGUUGUUGUCUUCUCUUUUUAAUAACAUCUGUGGUGUAGUGCUUAUCUUUAUAUAACAAGGAAACUGUUCAGACAAGAAACUUACAUUUGGGUCUCUACAUUAAAAAUGCCAAAUAAACCCUCAAAACCAAUAAAGUCCCAAUUCUAAGGGCGGGCAUAUAUGACCCAUCAUAUAUGUUUGCUUCUUUUGCGGCUGCAUCUGUUCGCAGUCAUCUGUCAAAUUCACUCAGUUCAGUGGUAUCCUGGUGUCAAGGAAAUCUACAAUCUUGAAUGCUUGUUUUUGGUUGGUUUUUUGUUGUUGUUUUUGUACACAGAUGAUAACUGCUAAUUGUUCUGUUUGCACAAAUUGUAUAUCGUAUUAUAUGUGUCUAUACUGUACUGUGUUUGUGACUCUCUUCCUAUACAGUACAGUAUAUGCCUUUAUUCAUGCCUUGUGCUAAAAGGCAAAUGUUUUGUUGUUGUCUUCUCUUUUUAAUAACAUCUGUGGUGUAGCCUAGUGCUUAUAUUUAUAUAACAAGGAAACUGUUCAGACAAGAAACUUACAUUUGGGUCUCUAAAGCCUCUACAAACACUCCAAUUACGAAAAACAAAACCAAGCAUAAAAAAUGCCAAAUAAACCCUCAAAGCUAGGGAAAUCUACAAUCUUGAAUGCAUGUUUUUGGUUGUUGUUUUUUUUUUGUGUGUGUAUACACAGAUAAUAACUGCAAAUUGUUCUGUUUGAACAUUGCACAAACAUAUUGUAUAUGUAAUACUGUACUGUGUUUGUGACUCUCUUCCUAUACAGUAUAUGCCAUAUGCUAUCAAAAUAUAUAUCAACAUAAAA